AUGGCUUCGACUCAACAAGCGUCAGAGCUUCCGGACACCCCUACGCUCCCAAAUACUCACUCUGGCAUCCCGACCCGUCUACUGGACAAGGCACGGCGGGCAAAGACAUUAAUCUGGCAGGGCAGAAGCGUUCCGGCGUCCCAAAUUCCUCGGACGGAACCCGCCCUACCGCAGGGAGUUUCAAGGACGACCUUCAACACAGCCAUUGUCGAGCUUACCCAGCAGCUGGGUGCUGCAAAUGUUGAGCUCAACGACAAGCCAGCGGUCGACAACGGCUGGUACAUGGAGCACCCCAAUACGCAUGACAUGAUGCACGUCACUGACGAGGACGCAUUGGUCGCGUCUGCGGCCGUGUAUCCUUCCUCCACCGCAGAAGUACAGUUGAUCGUACGCUGGGCCAACCAAUAUCGCAUCCCUAUCUUCCCGAUCUCGAUGGGCCGCAAUCUGGGCUAUGGUGGCGCUGCGCCACGUGUGCGUGGUAGCGUUGUGGUCGAUCUCGGCAAGCGCAUGAGCAACAUUCUUAACAUUGACCCUGAUGACUAUACCUGCCUGCUUGAGCCUGGUGUUUCCUUCUAUGCGCUAUAUGAAGCCAUCAAAGCCAAAGGGUAUGACCACAUGUGGGUCGACACGCCUGACCUUGGUGGUGGCUCCGUGAUUGGCAAUACGCUAGACCGCGGAGUCGGUUAUACGCCGUACGGCGACCACUGGGCCACGCAUGCCGGCCUCGAGGUAGUGCUUCCUACUGGCGAGAUAAUUCGGACAGGGAUGGGCGCGCUACCGGGCAGCAACACCUGGCAAGCCUUCCCCUACGGCUUUGGACCUGUCCAGGACGGCCUGUUUUCGCAGAGCAAUUUCGGCAUCGUAACGAAGAUGGGUAUGACGCUCAUGCCGAACCCAGGCGGACACGAGAGCUUCAUGUACGCUUUCGAGCGAGACUCGGAUCUAGCGCCACUGAUCGAGAUCAUCCGUCCUUUACGUAUCUGCAACGUCCUCGAGAACGUGGCUCAGGUGCGAUCGGCUGUACAGACAAUUGCCGUGCAAGGCCGGCCACGGACAGACUUCUUCACAGGUUCUGGCGCCAUCCCGCAAGAGGUGAUUGACAAAGAGGUCAGCAAACUACCGUGCGGUAAAUGCGCCUGGCUAUACUACGGUAUGUCGUAUGGUCCAGCCUAUAUUCGGCAGUACAAGCUCGAUGCAAUCGACAAGGAGUUCAGGAAGAUCCCCGGAGCCCGCAAGGUCGACCCGCAGACGAUACCGCGAGAUAACUACUUCUGGUCUCGCGAUCAGAUUGCGGCUGGUGUGCCCGACCUCGAAGAACUGCUUUGGUGCAACUGGGUGCCGAAUGGAAGCCACAUCGCGUUCAGCCCAGUUUCGCCAAUCCGAGGGAAGGACGCUAAACAGCUCAUGGAGCUAGCUAGGAGGAGGCAUACCGAGCAUAAGAUAGACCUCUUUCCUGCUUUCUGCGUCGGGUUACGAGAGAUGCAUCUGAUCGUCGAGAUUGUCUUCGACAAGACCAAGCCUGAGGCGCGUAAGGCGGCGAUGGAUUGCAUGAGGGGUAUGGUUGACGAUGCGGCCAAGCUUGGCUAUGGAGAAUACCGCACGCAUCUUGCAUUGAUGGACCAGGUCGCCGGCACGUACAAUUGGAACGAUAAUGCGUUAAUGAAGCUCAAUGAGCGACUCAAGGACGCACUCGACCCGCAAGGAAUCCUGGCACCAGGUAAGAGCGGCAUCUGGCCCAAGCGUUAUCGAGCCCGGGGUUGGGAGAUGGGCGUUGGCGAUGAAGGCGUUGAGGGAAAGGGUGUUGAGCCCGAAGCGGGAUCGGUGAGGCUUUAA